AUGGCUUUGGCGGGCAUAUGCAACCGGAUAGGGGAUAAUGUGCCUUUUUAUUUUUUUACAUUGCUUUUAUUUUGUGGCCUUUCGUUUGGACAGUUAAGAUAUUCCAUAACAGAAGAGCAAGAAAAUGGGGCACUGGUCGGUGAUCUGGCGCAUGACUUGGGGCUGGAUAUUCGAAAGCUCCCUAGCAGAAAGAUGAGGAUAACCUCUAGUAGCGGGAGGCGCUACGUGAUUGUCAACUCUAAAAACGGUAAACUGUUCGUCAAUGAGAGGAUUGACAGAGAGUCUCUGUGUGACACUAUGAACACCUGCCUGAUUAAUCUGGAGGUGACGUUUGAAAACCCCACAGAGGUGCACCAUAUUGAGGUAGAGGUCUUGGAUGCCAACGACAAUGCGCCACAGUUCCCCAAGGAUGAAUACCAAUUGGAAGUCAUAGAGUCUUCUUCACCAGGCUCGAGAUACCAAAUUGAACAUGCUCUGGACCCAGACAUUGGGUCCAACGCAGUCCGUAUGUAUCAGCUUAGCACAAACGACCAUUUUGCGCUGGUAUCCAACAAACCCUCUCUGAACACAAAGCACAUUGAGCUCGUGCUCAAAAAGCCUCUUGAUCGUGAAGAGACGCCUUAUCACCAAUUAAUUUUAAGUGCUGUGGAUGGUGGCACACCAGAGAAAACUGGUACUGCUAAAAUCAAUGUGCGAGUGCUGGACUCUAAUGAUAAUCCCCCCAAGUUUGAUAGCUCUGUGUACAAAGUAAAGCUGUUGGAAAACUCUCCCAAAGACACAUUGGUAAUCAAACUGAAUGCAACUGACCUGGAUGAGGGCACAAACUCAGAAGUGUAUUACUCUUUCAGCAGUUACACUCCAGAGAGAGUCCGGCAGAUGUUUAGCAUGGACACUCACACAGGAGAAAUACGAGUGAGAAGUAAUGUGGACUAUGAAGAGAACAACUCCUAUGAGAUGUACAUCCAGGCUAUGGACAAGGGCCCUGGGGCAGUGGCAGCCCACUGUAAAGUAGUGGUAGAGGUGGUGGACGUGAAUGACAAUGUCCCUCAGAUUGUGCUGUCCUCUCUGUCGAGCCCUGUGAGGGAAGACGCCCGUGCAGACACUGUUGUGGCUCUCAUUAGUGUAACAGACCGAGACUCUGGCGCUAAUAAACAGGUGAGCCUUGAGAUCCCAGCAGGCCUUCCUUUUAAGAUUAAGUCAUUCAGAAAUUACUACACUCUGGUUACCUCAGCCUUCCUGGACCGUGAGACCAAGGAUGCCUACAAUGUCACUCUGAGUGCCACGGAUGGAGGAACACCUCCCCUUUCCUCUCAGAAGACCAUACAGGUGGACGUGGCCGAUGUAAAUGACAACCCACCCAGGUUUGAGCAGACUUCUUACACUGUCUAUGUGACAGAGAAUAAUGCCGCUGGGGCCUCUCUGUGUACUGUUAAAGCUCAAGACGCCGACAUAAAGGAGAAUGCUCGCAUCACCUACACAGUGCUCAAUGACAACAAUCAUGGCAUCCCUGUCACCUCCUAUGUGUCUGUCAAGGCCGAUACAGGCGAGGCUUACGCCCUGCGAGGCUUUGAUUAUGAGUCACUGCGAGAGUUUCAUUUCCAGGUCAAAGCCCAAGAUGGGGGCAUUCCUCCACUCAGCCGCAUCGCCACUGUCUACAUCUACAUCAUGGAUCAGAAUGACCACGCACCACUAAUAGUUUCACCUGCAGGGAAUGGGACACGCUCCCAGGAGACGGUACAGAAGAAUGCAGAGCCUGGUGCCUUGGUGACCAAAGUGGUGGCUUACGACGCAGAUGCAGGUCCGAAUGCAUGGUUGGUGUAUGUGCUCCACACAGCCACAGACAUGGACCUGUUCAAAGUGCAUGAGCACACAGGGGAGAUCCGGACCACCAGGCGCAUCCUGGAAGACAACUCCACCUCAUUUGCUCUGACUGUUAUUGUUAAAGACCAUGGCCAGCCUCCUCUCACCUCCACCGCCACCAUCAAUGUGGCAGUCAUGGAAGUGCCCCCCAAAGUGGCCCCUGACCCCAAAAGGAUUAUUCGCCCACACAGCACGGUGCUCCUCUCCAAUGUCACCCUCUACCUGAUUGUGGCGCUAUGUGCCACCACCUUUGUUUUCCUGGUGACUGUUGUGGUUCUGGCCAUUGUCCGCUGUCACGCCUACUGUUCUCAGCCAGGGUCCUGCUCCACCUGCUGUGGCUCACAAAAGCCCCCUCCAGAUGGGGGCAGCAGCAGUGUGAGUGCAGGUGCCGCUGGUGCAACCGGUGGGCAACCCAAUAACAAUGUGGUGUUGAGAAGAGACCUAAAAGUUGAGCCUCACUACAUUGAAGUGCGAGGAAAUGGCUCGCUCACAAAGACUUACUGCUACAAGACUUGCCUGACUGCCACCUCCGGCAGUGACACAUUCAUGUUCUACAACACAGGACGUCCCAUUAGUGGCACCUGGGGAAGCGGUGCAGAGCGCUUCUUCACCAGUGGCAGUGGAUUUGUACGCAGACUGAGCAUGCCUGAUGCCUCACUGCAGCUCUGCCCUGAGCCAAAAGCACCCAAUGCUGACUGGCGAUAUUCUGCAUCUUUGAGAGCAGGGGUGCAGACUAGCUCAGUCCACAUGGAGGAGUCGGGAGCAGUGAUGCAGGGAGCCCAGGGGAUGCUGGUCCAGAACUGGCCCACUGUCUCCAGCGCUGCAGAUGGAGAAGGCGGUGGAGAGCUGUCUCCCCCAGUGGGCGCUGGAGUGAAUAGCAACAGCUGGCACUUCAGAUAUGGAGCGUCGGGCCAAGGCUACGUGCCCGCGCCCCAGCCCCUGAAGCCUGGUGAGAUCCCCCCAGAAGCGUUCAUUAUCCCGGGAUCGCCCGCCAUCAUCUCCAUUCGCCAUGACGCCGGACCAGUGGAUGACAAGGGAGACUUCAUCAGCUUUGGCAAGAAAGAUGAGGCUAAGAAGAAAAAGAAGAAGAAGAAAGACAAGAAGGACAAGAAGGAUAAGGGCAAGGAUGACGGGGGGGACGACUAGGGGUUAAAAAUAAACAAACAAAUACAGAGCUACCAACAAACUCCCGUCCCAAUUACUGAGCCAGAUCCAAGCCAAAUGCAAACUAUCUAAAGUAUGGGAGCCUCUUCGCACCUGAAUUUUGCAUAGACGCUGUACAGUGGCCAAACCCUCAUUUGACCAAGUUUGGCUCCCUACACUAUGUGAACAAAUCCUACUCGGCUCAUUUGGCCCCGUCUUUGUCCCUCAAAUGUUUUCAGGUAACUAUAUAAAAUGGUUGGACCAAAUUCAAACAGAAAGGAUAAUAUUGGAUGAGAAGAGCCUUUCUGUGAUUGUGCUGCCCCUUUGU